AUGGAUGAUGGUGACUGUGUAGAGCUGACCAUUAACGAUAACACUGCUGACUACAGACUGCAGACGAGGCCAGGCCUGAGUCAGUCCCUCUGGUGUGCCACCCAGAAUCACAGCCAGGAAGAAGAGUUGCUCUGGCUCCGGCAGGAUGGGACGGUUGACCUGAAAGAUGGAAACCGAGUGAACGCCAGCAAUAUCUGCAUCUCCCCUGUCACUAUGGACGACAACGGGGUUUCCUUUACCUGCAAGCUCGCCCGAGAUGAGUCCAUCCAGAUCUCUGUGGUACUGGAUGUCAUGUUCCCACCUACCCUAAGUGGAGAAGAUCCUCCAUCGAUACUAGAAGAAAAUGAUGUGACACUCAACUGCCACAUAAAGGCUAAUCCACUGGCUCAGAUGGUUUGGUAUAAAGACAACAGCACCUUGGUCUUGGAGUCUGACCGUCUCUGGAUUUCCCAGUCCAUCAACCUCUUUCAGCUGAGGAUUGAGAGAGCCCAGGAAUCUGACGGUGGGGUGUAUACCUGCAAGGCCACAUCUGACCUUGGAACAGCAAGGAGAGAUUUCCACUUGACUAUUGAAGCCGGAAAACUUGCCUUUCCAACAGAGGCGGUCAUUGCGGCAGGAGUGGUGGUUGCCCUCACCAUCCUUUUUGCUGUUGUGGCUCGAAGGGAAGCAAUUCUUAAGUGCUUCAGGAAAGCAAGCAGACCACCAAGCAACACAGCACUGUAA